AUGAUGUUUCCUCAAAGCAACAGCCGACACUCGGGCUCCUCUCACCUGCCCCAGCAACUCAAGUUCACAACCUCCGAUUCCUGUGAUAGGAUUAAAAAGAUGAGUUCCAGUUGCUUCAGGCACAAUAUCACAGUCUAAAAUUGGAAUGUGACAAGUUGGCCAGUGAGAAAUCUGAGAUGCAGCGACACUACGUCAUGUAUUAUGAGAUGUCCUAUGGCCUAAACAUUGAAAUGCACAAACAGGCUGAAAUUGUCAAAAGGUUAAAUGGAAUUUGUGCCCAGGUUUUGCCUUACCUCUCUCAGGAGCAUCAGCAACAAGUUCUGGGAGCCAUUGAGAGAGCAAAGCAAGUGACUGCUCCAGAACUGAAUUCCAUUAUCCGUCAGCAACUUCAAGUCCACCAGCUGUCUCAGCUACAGGCUCUUGCCCUUCCUCUCACCCCUCUACCUGUGGGUCUGCAGGCACCCUCUCUGCCUGUCAGUGCAAGCAGUGGCCUUCUUUCUCUGUCUGCACUUGGUUCCCAAGGACAUCUUCCCAAAGAAGACAAGAAUGGUCAUGAUGGGGAUCCUCGGCCUGAUGACGACGGAGACAAGUCCGAUUAA